CUUGCCCAGUGAGCUACUGUGCACACUGGUAGAAGGACUCGGAUAUUCUAUAACACUUCAAUGGAGGAACAGCCCAAAGAUCGGGCACAAGAUAGACGAUAUCACCACCAUGGAGAAGAAAGAAACCCUAUUCAAUACAAAUCAUCUGUAAAAAAUGAUCAGAUCUACUUCCAGUACCAGGAAACGCAGACGAAGAAAACAGGUUGGGCCAUCCGGAAAAGUUAGCCAGCUAAUAUAAAUUACUUAACUAGCUAGAUAGCCAGUUUAUUACCGACGUCAAUGUAGCUUGCUAGCUCGCGAGACAGUCAUAGCAGGAUGGUAGCGAGCUGGUAAAGAACCAUUGAACUUAUUAGUUAGCUGGGACUAGAGUUGAGUAUGGCUAGUUAGGGAUAGUUAAACGUCGCGUGACAGCUGUCGCUGGUGGUUUGACAGAUAGGGGAUUGACCUUGUGCGGCGGUUUCACCACACAGUUCUACAUUUAUGGAACUCGCAAUUCUCCUGUGUGACUAAUUAGUAAUUUUGUAGUUAAAUUAUUUUGUCACGUGAAUACAUUGAGUUUACCCCCAAAAAGUAAUCGCUAAUUUGGUGUGAAUUCCGUGAAAUAUGUUGUUAACAAAAACAAGCCGGCUCCACUGGAAUGUUCUGAGUUGCCAUUUCCUGUCGGCCAUGUUAGAAAAUACAACCUGGAAAGCUAACGAGCUAGCUAACUAAUCCUAGUAACGAGAGAGAGAUUUGGGCAUAAAACAAGUUUCAAUGUUAUUUUGUUUACUAAUUACCACUUGGCUGCAGACAGUGCUGCAAAAGCAAGAUGACUAGUUACCUAACUUAAUUUUGAGACUUUCCAGGGAUUAAAUAACUACUGGAGCUAGUGCCAGACAUUUUACACUUACAAACAGCUGCGGCUCAGUCGGGCCUGUUGCGUCUAUCUAGCUAGCCAUGAAGCCGCGCAAACAUGUUAGCCUGGGUAGAUGACCUGAGGAGUGUUAACACAGUUAGAAUUGUCUUUCUAGUUAGCUGAUAAACAAUUCUGAACCAAAUGUAAUUGUAGCAUCACCAGUUUCUUUAGACUAGUUUACAAUUGAUGGCAUGCAUGAAAACUAAAUUGUGCAUACCUUGAACCAUUGCUUCAGUUCAGACAAGAAAAUAAAACACCUAACACAAUUUGUGUUAUUCUAUAACAUUACUUAAGAUGUUAUUUGUUCGCCCAUAUUGUGUACAGGUAUCUUAGGAGCAAGAUGGCAAAACAUUCAUUUAGUUGAACAUUUUCUUUAGAUGCUAGUGGGGCAAGUAUUGUUGAAUUAGCUAGCAAAGUCAGGCUCAGUCACACUGUCAACCACCUUCCAGUUACCAAAAGUUAUAGGACUAUAUGUAAUAGCCAUUUCUACAUACAGCACACGUUUUUCUGAAGUGAUUUAUGUAUGGUAUCUGUUAACAAGUAGGCUAGUGGACUACUAUGUUCAAGGGAAUCUGAUAUGGGCACUGGCGUGGUUGCUUGCUACCAGCUGACCUAUUCAGUCUAAAUUGUCAUGAUACAGCAUAAUCUUAUAAAGGCCUCACAAUGUUUCCUGCAAAAGGAGCUUCGAGGUUGCAUAGGUCUUGUAAACAGAUUAGGUCUGUUAGUCCCUUUUGAUAUAGAGAGUGAGGUGGUAGGGAAUUAUGGAAUUUGCUUGGACUUUAUAUAUAUGUGUGUGUGUCUGCACACAUGAUAUUGUAUCACUGGCAGUGCAACUAACUUUCUUUUUGUUUCCUUUUACAGGCAAUGGGAAAAUAAACACCAGUGACGUGGAGGGGGAGAAGAUACUGUCUGCAAAUGAUUUUUUUUGUGUCCCUCGUCCCACCAACAGCAAUGGUAACAGACAUUUGAUAAAUACUAAUGUAAAACAGAAGUCAACACGAAAGGUUUAUAGCACUCUUUCAAAAGUGGCCAGCAAAGAGUGUCUUGAUCACAAGAAGAAUAUGGACAGCAAAAAUGACAAGGACAAGGCCUUGGAUUUCACUAAUGACUAUGAGGGAAAGCUGUUGGACAAGGAGGAGUCUGCGUUGCUUCUGAAUGGAGUGGUAAACUCUGCUCAUAUUACCAAUGGUUACUCCAGCAAGUCACCCCCUGACAACGAUGGCAGUGGCUCAGAAAGUGGAUAUACUACUCCUAAGAAACGCAAGGCCAGGCGCAACAGCAUCAAGAACACAGAGCAUUUGACAAGCGAAAAGGAGAGAGCCAUGCAGCAGGGUAAUGCUACACAGGAGCCAGAUUCUUCUGGACUUGAACCAAUGGAGAAAGUGGUGAGCUCGAGACUUGUCCAUAAAGCAGAUGCCCAGACAGCAGUCAGGCAGAUGGGUGCGCCAGAAGUGUCUGUGGGCGAGUUGCAGAGGAAAAACUCAGACAGUAAAACUGCUGCAGUUGCCUUUGGUAAAAAGUUUGAGGAUAGGCCCAAAGCCAAGCUUUCCUCCUCUACAAAAGAGGACUCUUGGACUUUAUUCAAGCCCCCUCCAGUAUUUCCUGUGGACAACAGUAGUGCUAAAAUAGUGCCCAAGAUCAGUUAUGCAAGUAAAGUUAAGGAGAACCUCAACAAAGCAGCCCAAGCUGGAGGAGAGGUACAGCCUCCUCAGGUGCCUGGUAGAUUGUCACAGGUCCCCAUGUCUGCUAUGAAAACCAUCACCUCAGCUAGCUUUACUAAUGGUCUCGUUUCUGGAGAUGGAAAUGGUUGCCCCUCUGUCGGUACCUUCUUCACUCCUGCUGCUAGUAGUAUUCCACCAGCCCCCUCUCUCCCAUGCGGGGAGAACGUAGCAGCCUUUUUGGACAAUGACUGUAGCUCUUCAACUAACCUCGCUGCAGAUCUGAGAAAGUGUACUCUUUUCAUUUACCCCCUAAACCCUUUAAAUAUGCAACCUGUGCUCCCGAGUGCUCGCCAAGUGGACACCCCGGCCGCUCAGACAAAUCAGAAAGCCUUGGGGGACAUCUUCCAGAAUCAGUGGGGACUGUCCUUCAUUAAUGAGCCAAACGUGGGGCCAGAAGGAGGAAGCGGGCCGGUGGCUGCUGUGGAGGGCAAGGCUGCGGUGGUCACCUUUCAAGGGGAGCCAUGCCCUGCUGUUGCAGCUGAGCCAGGCCUUGACGCUAGCCUAUCAAUCCCAGAGCCUUUGCCUCUCACUUUGGCUCAAGACUCAGAGAAAAGGACUAGUGCCCCAGCUUGCCCCCCUGCUACAAUGAAGGGUGAGGAUGGGACAAAGGCUCAGCUGUCUGGACAGGAAGAGACGAAGUGCGAGGCGAAGAGUUCAGGUGCAGUUGUGUUGGCCUCUGAUAAAGACAUUAGUGCUGAGCCUGCACAGGCCCCCCUGGCCAACCUGGUGUUGGGCCAGUCUAAAGAGCAGGCCCACUCUAAGAGGCUGGACAGAGGUAGCUCGGGGUCGUUUGAUCUGAAAGCUGCUGUUACUUAUCACACUAAAGGUAACUCCUCUUCCUCUGCUGUGUCAUUUCUAUAAAUGCAUAAAACAUUGUAUUACCAGUGCUUGACUUGGGAUGAAAGACGUGCAGGAGGUGUCUUUUUUUCAAGUUGGUCCAUUAGACAAUGUUCACUGAAAUUCACAAAUGACAUUAUGCUAUAGAUUGACCUCUGAUUAUUCCAUUGUUAAGGGUUCAUACACAUUUUGACUGAUGGAAUUUCAUGACUUUUCCAUAACUUCGAACCACAUUUCCGUGACCAAUAAUUAGUGGUGUCUCCUACAUGAAAAAGUCUGAAUAAAUGUGGUAUUGACACUAGAAGGCUGCUGGUCUCAGUUUCCUACAUUGGAUCAAUCUCAUUUACAUUUACAUUUUAGUCAUUUAGCAGACGCUCUUAUCCAGAGCGACUUACAGUUAGUGAGUGCAUACAUUUUUCAUACUGGCCCCCCGUGGAAAUCGAACCCACAACCCUGGCGUUGCAAGCGCCAUGCUCUACCAACUGAGCUACAGGAGGCCCCAAUCUCCUGCUGUUGUGCCUUUUUUUUAUCAACGCGCUUAGAAUAACUGCACUGUUAGGCUAUUGUAUAAAACAUGUGGUCAACCCUCCAUUUGGAGAGCUACUGGGUGUGCAGCCUUUUGAUACAUCCCUGAAACACACACGAGUCUGCUUAUCAAGGUCCUGUUGAGCAGCUGAUGUUUAGGCUACAAUGUGGUGUUUUAGAGUGGGGUUUGAACAAAAGCCUGCACACCCAGUAGCUCUCCUAUAGGAUGCUUGGCCACCCUUGAUAUAGACUAUUACAACCAAAUACUUUUGUCUUUACACAAUUAUUCCAUCAUUCAAUGAAUUAGAAAUAACAUUGAUAAGUUCUGCUACUUCAAAGCAAGGUAGCGAACUAAGAUAUGUUUAUCUAACCUUAUAAGGUUCAAAUAUCUAUGCACAGCAUGGAAGCUGUUUGUCAAUUAGGCUAUUCUUAGAAUAUUUUUAACGUUGUCGGAAUUACAUGGCUAGCCUACUGUUUAAUAUAGGGGUAUCCCAGAUUUCCAAUAAUGGUGUCAGAUUUAUAUCUCACCAGUGCCGGUGGAAAGGCGUCAACGACAUUAAUGCUUAUUGAUAAAUAGUUAACUAGCGAGAUAGCUUGUAGUAUGACUAGUUAUUUUUUUAUUAGGCUAUAUAGUUAGUCUAUCAUUAUUUUAUAGGCCCACUCGCACUGGCAGACACACAAAUUAUGCACAGCACACACAGAGACACGCUGAAAGGUAGGCAUUCAGGCAUGGUGCCUUCUCAAUCUGCGCAUUCUCAAACUCGAAGUCUACUGGCACGCAUACACCAGAUUCACAGACUAGCGGCAAAUAAACUUGAACAAAGCGGAAUCGGGAUAUGAAUGCCCACUCUCCAUUGCUAUUCGAUGCAGGUCCCGCCUUCAUUCCGCUUUAAUCAACCUUUUUUUGACACUGUGUGUGAAUCCGGGCUGGCGAUAGGCAACUUUGUUUUAUGGAGGAGCCGGUACGCAGUUCCCAAAAAAUUGGAGGUGCCAGUACAGCACUACAGACAGCUCCGGCCCAAGUCAAGCACUGGUUAUUACACAUGGGUAGCUUUAACCUACUAUUUCACUUGCACCAAAUGCUUUUAAUCCUUUAGCAUCACAUAAUUGUGUGUCUAAUAAUAAAAUGUAUUAUGCACCUGGAGAUAUUAAUCAAUCUUUGUUUUUUCUCUACAGAAAUGGAAUAUGUCUUCAAUUUGCAAAAACAAGGUAAAGUAAAGGUCUCUUUUCUGUGUAGUGUGUUUUCAAAGUUGUGAAAUUGGGUUUUCUAUUUGAUGAUCAAAGGUGUACAGCUGAAGUUUGAAUAACAUACAUUAUGAAUUGCUAAGUUCCCCAGGGCCUACACACUGAAUAAUUUAUCUGUCCUUUCCUUCCCCCAGAUCCAAAAAGAGUAGUCUUCUAUGAUAAGACCAAGGAUGGACCUGAUCAGUGAGGUAGUGAAUGUCUGUCAACACUAACCUUCUCCCUACCUGGGUGCUGCAGUUCUCUUCAUUGGCGGUUAUAAUCUCUUUGGAAAACAA